AUGGGCAAGCCAAGAUUGAUCAUCAUCAUAAGACAUGCUCAAUCCGAAGGAAAUCGUGACAAGGCUAUUCACCAGACGACACCAGACCACAGAGUCGGAUUGACGGAGGAAGGGCAUCGUCAAGCCCAGGAGGCGGGAGAGAAGCUUCGUGCUCUUCUCCGAACAGAUGAUACACUGCACUUCUUCAUUUCCCCAUACAGGAGAACCCGGGAAACAACAGAAGGCAUCCUGAAAAGCUUGUGCUCCAAUGAACCCGUACCAUCGCCAUUCCAGCGACAUCACAUCAAGGUGUAUGAGGAGCCGAGGCUGAGGGAGCAAGACUUUGGCAAUUUUCAACCAGACACCGAAGAAGUUGAGAGAUUGUGGCGAGAGCGUGCUCAAUAUGGUCACUUCUUUUACCGUAUUCCCAAUGGAGAGAGUGGGGCGGACGUAUACGACCGGGUAUCAUCCUUCAAUGGUUCACUCUGGAGACGGUUUUCCGAGGACACAAUGGCUAGUGUGGCCAUUCUGGUCACGCACGGUCUCUGCAGUCGUGUCUUUCUGAUGGCCUGGUAUCACUACAGCGUGGAGUUCUUUGAGGAUCUCCGAAACAUCAACCACUGCGAGUUUUUAGUGAUGAAGCUCGGCGCCAACGGGAGGUAUGUGCUUCAGAACAGUCUACGGCGAUGGUCAGACCUCAGGAGGGAAAAGGCGGCAAGGAAAAGCAGUAUUUCCUCCGCAUCAACACCCACAAAUGUUGAACCAAUACCAGUUAGACGCUGGACGAUCUCCAAGAACGCCCAUGACCCCUCGGGAGCCAGCUAUAUCCCUACGCCGGUGCGAAAAAGCACGAUAGAUAUGUUCAAAGACGAACCCGAAACGGUACAGGAAGGAGGCGAGUCUAAACGUAAUCCAAAGGCAACCCCAACUGAGACAAGAGGUAGCACGAGCAGAGAGCAAAGUCGCACAAGAGUGCGGUCGUCGAGCAACCUUCGAACCUCUCUUAGUAAUCUAGCGUUGGACACAGGAAGGAAACCUACGAACUUGGGCGGCAUAAAAUCAUACCUUGGCAGAGACGGUGGUGGGACAAGAUCGGGUCAAGGCUCACCAUUUGGGUCUGACGAUGAGACUGAAAAUGAGAGCCCUAAAGGAAGUAAGCUGCCCAUGGGACCGUUGUCAGAGUCGUCCGAAAAUGCCAAGAAGGCUUUCUCCUCCUCGCUGGCUCGAGCAUUGAGAGGAGAGUUGGACGACCCCAACAGAAAGAUGGCGGAUGCACUGGGUGAUCAGAGUGAUGCAGAAGUGGAAGAGGCGGAUCUGGAGAUUGGGACUCAGGAGCGAGUGUCUGGCGAGCUCCAGCAGAUCUUGGAUGAAGAGAGGCGGGAGCGAAGCCAUCGAAGCAUCUAUUAG